AUGCCCUCCAUAUUUGAGCGUGUUAGCAAGAAGAUGGUCAAAAACUUUGGAGGCAAAGACCUGAGGCCUGUCAAAUCCCUGUUGGAUGCCACCCAUUUCCGUCAGUUUAGUAUUUUGCGGAAGAACCCUCAGUCCCAGUUUUGGGAACAGCCUGACAUUCCAGUUGAGUACUCCCUCAUGGACAUCCUGGCAUCGGGUUCCUCAGUCCCAGAAGUGGAAGUGACAAGACCAUUCUUCUUCAGUGACACUGUGAUCCAGAAAUGGAAGGCAGGUGUGAGUGUCAGUGCUGGGGUAGAUGGGAGUGCAACAGGGGAGUUCACUCAGUCCCGUGGAUCCACCCUUGAGUUCCAGAAGGUUACCGUCCCAUCCCGAAACCUGGAAAGCCUUCAAAACAGCAAACUGUUGGAUCCAGAACCAUCCUUUUUGAAGCAUUGCCGGGAGAGAGGGGACAACCUGUACGUGGUGACAGAGGUCGUUGAACUGACCAACAGUACUACACUGCAUGACAAGAGUAGUGUGAAUACUUUGGGAAAGUUGUCUGGCUCUUGGAAUACUUUAAUUAAGGGUGAAGUCCAGGGACAGAUUGUCAAGGAUGGAGCUAUGACACUGACGAUCCCCCGGGGCACAGUGAUGGCCUAUAAGAAGAAGCAGCUGGUCAUCAAAGGGAAUGGCGUCAGCCGGCCUGUACUCUCCAGCCUUUCUAUAGGAAGAAUAAAGGAACAUUAUUCGCAAGGGAGAAUAGAGGAACCUUUUUGGCAAGAUUUCCAGCAUCUACAAGAGGAGGUUUCCCGGAAAACUGAGGCCCUGGCCCAGCUCUCAAAGGACAUUCAGGGUGUCGUGUUCUACAAUAUCCUGCCCAUGCUCGGGGACAGAGGAGCUCUGCAGGACCUGAUGGAUGUGCUGGACUUGGACAGCUGGGAUCAUUUGAAAGGCCCUGGCAGCAUAAUCCUAAAUAAACUGCGACAGGGCUCAAGACCUCCGUGGGUUAAGCCACAGGACAGCAUUCUUUACCUUCUUCAAGCCAUGAUGGUGCUGAGUGACACCCAACUUGAACUCCUGGCCCUGUCCAUGGAGAAGAGGAUUCUGCUCUGGCAACGAGAGUUGGUAAGGAUCAUCCUAGAGCCGAACUUCAAGUACCCGUGGAGCAUCCCCUUCACCCUCCCCCGAGAGCUCCUCGCCCCACUCCAGGGUCAGGGCUUGGCCAUCACCUAUGGUUUGCUGGAGGAGUGUGGCCUGAAGAUGGAGCUGAGUAGCCCCAGGUCAACCUGGGAUCUGGAGGCCAAGAUGCCCCUGUCUGCCCUCUAUGGGACUCUGUCAUUGCUGCAGCAGCUGGCAGAGGCCUAA